CCUACUUUUUGACAUGACCACACAUCCCCUCACCAACAACAACAUUAAGCAGCGCCUCAUCAAGAAGGUACAGGAAGCUGUUCUUGACAAAUGGGUGAAUGACCCUCACCGCAUGGACAAGCGCCUGCUGGCCCUCAUUUACCUCGCCCACGCCUCGGAUGUUCUGGAGAAUGCUUUUGCUCCCCUGCUGGAUGAGCAGUAUGAUUUAGCCACCAAGAGAGUGCGGCAGCUCCUCGACUUGGAUCCUGAGGUGGAAUGUGUGAAGGCCAACGCCAACGAGGUUCUGUGGGCGGUGGUGGCGGCCUUCACCAAGUAACUGCCCAGGGGGAAGCCUCCUCCUCCCUCUCAAGUAAACCAGUAGUUUUUCUGCUAUUGACUUCUGGUUUUCUGCAAUUUAUACUUUCCCACACUAGA